AUGGAAGCGAUUGGUAUCGUAGAUUUUAGAAUGUUGAUGCGUGCUGGUAAGAUUAGUGCUCCACGAUUCGCAGCUGAAUCACGACAAAAUGAAUGGACACUGAACUCGAAUGGUGUUUACAUAGGACCUAUUGCUGGUCUACAAUAUCUUUUAUAUUUUGGAACUUUACCGUAUUGUGAUUUGUGCUAUAUGGUAUUGGAUGAGCAAAACGUGAUGGAACACUUUUCAUCUGAAAAUCAUCUCAUCAAAUUUUUGUCUUAUAAUCGCCCAGCUUCAAUGUAUACGGCAAUGUAUUUGCCUGAAGAUGCACGACGUUCGCAUAUGCUAUCUCUACUGGGAUGUCUCGGAACCGACUGCAGCGUUGGUGGUAGUCCGCGUAAAGUUGAGGUCGCUCAUAUUCCUGAAUUGGUNAUUGCAAAUUCGAAUCCGAUUAUGGCAAAUGUGCCAUCGUUAAUGCCCCCGUGUAUGUCGAUUGGCGUCGAGAAUUUCUGUUUUUGGUGUCCAGUGCCAAAAGAAGACGAUGAACGAAUACAGUUAUGGACCGAGCACUGUACCAAAUCGAGAAAGCAUUUCGAAUGCGCUGUUCGACGCGAUCUAUUCAAUUUUGAGGAUGUGAAUUUCGUUGAUAUUGUAACAACACUACAAUUACCCGCAUUCAAACAAUUAGCCAGUUGGGAGCUGGUUAAAAUGAACAAUGGCAUGGAGAUUAAGAUACAGCACUUCACCUACAUUGGUCUUGACUUUGUGGUCGAUGAUGUGCUCAACAACGAGAUUGUUUGUAUAGCGUGUGCGGAAAUAUUUUCACGUAGUGAUUUAUCGCAGUUGUGUUUGCAUAUUCGAUCCAGGAACCAUUUACUGCAAUAUUUGCACACGACCGAUCGUGAGAUGUACAAUCUGAUCGAAUCGCAGCAAAUGCAACACGCUGUCGACAACCUUUUAAUCGAUUACUUACGUCGAUCGAUCUCAUCGGUCGGUCAGAUUCGUGUUUAUAACGCCAAUUUAGCGGUAACAGCCAAGAGUUGGGGUCAGUUACCAUAUCGAAAAGUGCAGCUCGCGAACGUUGACGCUGAACAUCGAGCAGCAUUCGAGUUGCUUGUCAAAAUCGUUGAUCAGCUGGCCAACGAUAAAGCCGAACAAAUCACCAUACCGAUAAAGGAUGCAUUGCAGCUGUGUUCGAUUCGCAUACAGACAGUAGCUGAUAAAAAUGUGUUAUUGUAUUGUAAGGGAUGUGAGCGUAUUUUAAGUGUUGCUGGAAACGCAGUCGAGAAGGGUGUAUGGGACGAGCAUUUAUUGGGCGAGUUGCACGCAAAACGAGCUGAUUCGUUGGCAAAGAAUAAAUUCGGUUUGUAG